GACCAUCCGAGAUUAAGGGAUUUUUUCCGCUAGUCUCAGUUCUUCAUCCGUCCAUCCAGAAGAAAAACACACAGACAGAAGUACAUGUGCUGCUGAAGAUCACCUAUCAUCAAUUAAAUCAGCGUAUGCGCGCUCUUAAUUGGCAGCUGGCGGAGUGCGCAGCAACACGCACGGGCACGAGACAGUUCCUAGACGUUCUCGCGUGCUGAGCCGAAGUUCCUCUGACUACAGGUGUCCCGCGGAGCGCACAGGAGCCACGAGGGAGUUAUUGGCCGCUGCAUCGAUAACCUCAAAUGCCAUAUGAUGGAUCGAUGGAGCCCAGUGCGCGACACAUGGCUGCUGUUGAUGCUUAUCACAGUGUGUCACACCUCAAGAGCAGCCAAUCCCAUUGAUGUCCUGAAGGUCCUGGAGCUGUCGGAGGACAUGGAGGGUGUAUCGUUGGAGGCUGGUCUGUGCACCAGCAGGAAGGGCAGAGAAGAGACAGACCUGUCCUUUAAAAUUGACAAGAAGAUUCAACUGAGCGCGCCCACCAAGCAACUCUUCCCUGAUUCGCCGUUUCCUAUGAAUUUCUCAGUGAUGACGACAGUUAGAGCUGUGAAAGGCUCACAGGUCUUUCUCCUCUCCCUGUAUGACUCGCAGGGCACACAACAGCUGGGUCUCGAGGUCGGUCGUUCUCCUGUCUUCCUGUAUGAGGACCAUCAGGGUCAUCCACCACCCGAACUUUACCCCACCUUUAGGAAGAUCAACCUGGCUGAUGGCAAGUGGCACAGAAUAGCUUACAGUGUGGAGGGCCAGUCUGUGACUCUUUACCUGGACUGUGACAAGCUGGAUACCCUGGACCUGCUCAGAGGUGACGACCCCCGCAUCAGCACAGACGGAGUUACCGUGUUUGGAACUCGCCUGCUGGACGAAGACGUGUUUGAAGGAGACAUCCAGCAGCUCCUGAUCGUUGAUGACCCCAGAGCAGCAGAGACGUACUGUCAGGACUACAUCCCAGACUGUGAGGCACCUUUGCCCUACGACAGCAUAUUAACGGAGGCUGAGGAGGUGGAGAGAGCACCGAAGAAACAUGUGGCUGAAGAGUUUGAGGAGUUUGAUUACAGUGACCUCUACGAUGACAUGUCUGUCUCCACGGUGACCGCAGGUCCUAAUGUCACAGAAUAUGAGAUUGUUGAGUAUGAAGACUAUGACAACACUACAGAUUACUACAAUGUGAACGAGUAUGAAUAUGAGGAAGAGUAUGAUGACCGUUAUGGACCGGCUGAGAGAGAACGGGAGUUCUCUCUAAACACACAGGAUGUACCAGAGAAAGGACAGAAAGGAGAACCAGGCUAUUUGGGAGUGGGAACGCAGAUUACAGGAUCACAUGGACCUCCAGGACCUGAGGGAGAGGCCGGUUCUCCUGGAAUCACAGGACCAGUGGGACCUCGAGGAGACCCCGGGGAGCUGGGCCCACCAGGGCGGCCGGGCCUUAAUGGAGCUGAUGGGAUACCAGGUCCCCCAGGCAACAUCAUGCUCAUACCGUUCCAGUCAGGGGGUGAUCCAAAGACAGGUACUGGGGUUUCUGCACAGGAGGCGCAGGCCCAGGCCAUCCUGCAGCAGACCAAGCUGGCUAUGAAGGGACCUCCAGGACCACUCGGCCUCAGGGGAAGACCUGGACCACUGGGUGGACCAGGUUCUUCUGGGCUGAAGGGGACCAACGGAGAGAUGGGGCCACCGGGUCCUUCAGGACUACCAGGUAUCCCAGGUCAGAAUGGGCGUCCCGGGAAAAGGGGUCGAUCUGGUACAGAUGGGGGCCGAGGUGCAAUAGGAGAGGCUGGAGCAAAGGGGGAUCGAGGGUUUGAUGGCUUGCCUGGUCUCCCUGGAGACAAAGGACAUAAAGGGGACAGGGGGAAACCAGGUCCUGUAGGUCCGUCAGGAGAGCCAGGAGAAAAGGGCUCUGAGGGGCCACCCGGGCCAAGAGGACAACCAGGCGAUGCUGGCUCCAGAGGUCUGAAUGGCCCCAGAGGUCGUCCUGGUCCUUCAGGCCAGCCUGGCAUUCGAGGAAUUGAUGGGGUUCAAGGCUCAAAGGGAAACAUUGGACAACCAGGAGACAUCGGCGCACCUGGACAGCAAGGCAACCCUGGAAUUGUGGGCUUCCCUGGUCCUCAGGGGUUAGUGGGGCUGCCAGGAGAGAAGGGGCCUCAAGGGAAGAAAGGGAUGCAGGGCUUACCUGGAAACGAUGGGCCCCCAGGUCACCCUGGAAGGGAAGGAACUCCAGGUGAAAAAGGACUGCCGGGUCCUCCAGGAGUGCAGGGGCCUGUUGGAUACCCUGGACAACGAGGAGUUAAGGGAGCAGAUGGAAUCAGAGGAUUAAAGGGAAGCAAAGGCGAGAAGGGAGAAGACGGUUUCCCAGGGGCCAAGGGGGAGAUGGGAGCAAAGGGAGACACUGGAGAUAAUGGAGCUCCGGGUACCCGAGGAGAAGACGGGCCUGAGGGGCCCAAAGGCCUGAUGGGUCCUCAAGGAGAAGCUGGCCCUUCUGGUACUUCUGGAGAGAAGGGGAAACUGGGAGUUCCUGGUCUGCCAGGAUAUCCAGGACGACAGGGACCAAAGGGUUCUGAUGGUUUCCCUGGUGCUCUGGGAGAUGCAGGAGAGAAAGGGAAAAAAGGUCCUGCAGGACAACCAGGAACCGCGGGCCAGAGGGGUUCAAAUGGUGCACGUGGUUCCAGAGGAGCAAAAGGGCCUACAGGGAAAUCAGGAGAAAAGGGUACCUCAGGACAUGAUGGGCCCCCAGGAUCUACUGGAGAGAGGGGACCUCAAGGGCCGCAUGGAAGGAACGGAGAGCCAGGACCCAAAGGAUCAAGCGGUCCCGCUGGGAAGGAUGGACUUCCAGGUCACCCAGGUCAAAGAGGAGAGCCGGGAUUCCAAGGGAAGACGGGACCUCCGGGACCCUCAGGUGUUGUGGGGCCACAGGGCAAAUCAGGAGAGUCUGGCCCACCAGGGGACCGAGGUCACCCAGGGGCACCAGGGGUACCUGGAGAGCAUGGUUUACCUGGGGCUGCUGGGAAAGAAGGUGGAAAGGGUGACCCAGGAUUACCUGGGACACCUGGGAAGAACGGUCCUCCAGGACUGAAAGGGUUCAGGGGGAGCCGAGGAGCACCUGGAAUAAUGGGGCCUCCUGGUCUGAAAGGAGGAUCAGGACCAACAGGAUCCCAAGGAGCCAUAGGUGCAUCAGGUGAGAGGGGCCCUCCAGGAACAGCUGGUGCCAUCGGACAGCCGGGUCGGGCCGGAUCAAUCGGAGGACCUGGACCAAUGGGAGAAAAGGGGGAGCCUGGAGAGAAGGGUCCUAUUGGGCCAGCAGGUCAGGAUGGAGACCAGGGACCCUUAGGGAUGCCUGGAGCUACAGGUCCUGCAGGGCCUCCAGGAGACGACGGGGAUAAGGGAGAGCAAGGAGGCCCUGGGCAAAAAGGCAGCAAAGGAGACAAAGGGGAAUCAGGUCCUCCAGGCCCAACUGGCACUCAAGGGCCCAUCGGUCAGCCAGGACUCCCAGGUUUGGAUGGAGAGCCAGGUCCCCGCGGCCAGCAGGGCAUGUAUGGUCCGAAAGGAGAUGAGGGACUCCGCGGCUUUAAGGGCUCUAGAGGACCAAUAGGAUUACAGGGCAUGCCAGGCCUACCAGGAGAAAAGGGCGAGAGUGGACAUGUGGGACUAAUGGGUCCACCUGGGCAACAAGGCCCCUCUGGCCCUCAAGGACCUGUUGGGGGACAGGGUCCGAGCGGUCGAGUAGGAAUGGUCGGACAGCCAGGUGUUGUUGGAGAGAAGGGGGAGGAUGGUGAGGCGGGUGACCCUGGGCCAGUUGGUGUUCCAGGAAGACACGGAGAAAAAGGAGACCAGGGGGAGAAAGGAGAUACAGGCCCUCCAGGAGCAGCUGGUCCUCCAGGAGCCAGGGGCACACCAGGGGAGGAUGGAGCCAAGGGCAAUGCUGGUCCUAUAGGCCUCACUGGGGACCUCGGACAGCAGGGAGAGGCUGGACCCAAUGGUGUGGAUGGUCUGCCGGGGUCUAAAGGAGACACAGGCGAUCCUGGAAAAUCUGGACCACCAGGAGCACCAGGGGAACCUGGACCAUCUGGACCUCCUGGGCGAAGGGGUCACUUGGGUAAACAAGGGAAGGAAGGAAAGGCAGGCCUGAAAGGAGCAAAGGGUGCUGCUGGUUUGGAGGGUCCCAUAGGGAAAACAGGGCCUGUGGGGGCCCAGGGGCAUUCUGGCAAGCCUGGCCCCCAGGGUCUAAGAGGGAUUCCCGGCCCUGCAGGUGAGCAGGGUUUAAAUGGACCACCUGGCCAGACAGGACCACCAGGUCCCAUGGGUCCACCAGGAUUACCAGGACUAAAGGGAGACCCUGGCAAGAAGGGAGACAAGGGUCACGGUGGACUAAUUGGUCUGAUAGGGCCCCCAGGAGACAUUGGAGAGAAGGGUGACAGAGGACUGCCAGGAAACCAAGGACUACCAGGUCCAAAAGGAGAUGAGGGUCCAUUUGGCCCACCAGGGCCCCCCGGUCCUCCUGGACCCACAGGCCUGUCUGGUGCUAUUGGCCUAAAGGGCUCUAAAGGAAACCAGGGUCCAAUUGGUCCCAGAGGAGACACUGGACCUGCAGGACCUCCAGGAUCACCAGGGCUGCCAGCCGCUGGAAUGGCCCCCCUACCAGAGCGAGGACGGAGAAGGAGAACCCACGACUCGGUGGAUGGUGCUGCACUUGAACAAGAGGAGCGGGAGGCAGUCGAUGGAGGAGAGGAGGAGUGGAUGCAGGGGGACCAGGCGGAGCAGGACGGUUGGACGAAGGAGACGGAGGGCCAAGGCAUGGAGGAAGUGUUUGCAUCUCUGUCCUCUAUGAAAGUGGAGGUGGAGGGUCUGCGUAACCCACAAGGGACGUACCACAGCCCAGCCCGCACCUGUAAGGAGCUCUGGCUCCUCCACCCAGAGCUCCCCAAUGGUGAGUACUGGAUAGAUCCAAACCAGGGUUGCCAUAGAGACUCCUUCAAAGCGUUUUGUAACUUCACUGCACAAGGAGAGACGUGUCUGUUCCCCGACAAGAAGUUCCAGUCGGUGAAAUUAGCCGCCUGGAAAGGGGAAAAGCACGGCACAUGGUACAGUAAAUUCAGGAAAGGAAAACAGUUUUCCUACUCUGGGUCAGAUGGCGUUCCAAUCCACAUUGUCCAGUUGAACUUCCUGAAGCUGCUGAGCGCGACAGCCAAGCAGACCUUCACCUACCACUGCCUGAACUCUGCCGCGUGGCUGCACACCGCCACCUACGGCCACGAACACGCACUGCGCUUCAGAGGCAGCGACGGGGAGGAGCUGACACACGAGAACGCGCAUUACAUCACUGCACUGUACGACGGGUGUCAGACACGCUCAGGGCAGGAGAGGACUGUGCUGGAAUUUGAUGCUCCACUGUCCAACACGCUCCCCAUCAUUGACGUGGCUGUGUCUGACUUUGGAAAGGGGAACCAGAAAUUUGGUUUCCAAGUUGGCCCGGUCUGCUACAACGGUUAACCGAGUGGGGGGAGCUUACAGCAAAAGUAAUUUAAUAGGAAAAAGAGCCAUGGACACUUUCUACAUGCAGGGAGAGAACUACAUUCAAGACUUACCUGGUGCCACAUAUUUAUAUGUCAAUUUACCUACAACAGUGUUCCUUCAUCUAAACAUCAAUCCUUUUAUACACAUUCAUUCACUCAGACUCUCAUUAAUUCAUAUAUUCAUCACAUACAUUCUCUCAGCUGAGUCACGUACUGUGUUUUCAAGUGUUGACUGUCAAACCCUCAGUAACCUCAGUUAUAAGGAUUUUUCUCCUCCUUGUAGGAGAGAGUGGUGCUCUCAGAUUCAUCCAUGUCUGCUCAUACAAUUAUUGAUCUAUCCAUCACACAUAAUAAAGUCUCCAAACAUUAUUAUCAGUCAAACCCAUAACCCAUUUUCAAAAAUACUAAAAUACCAUAUUUCAACAAGAUUCACCCACCCUGUUGUUCUGUGUCAUCAUCAAACCUCAAUUUGUUGUGUAGUUUUUGUGUGUUGUUGUAAUUUUGUUGUUCUAAUUAUCUAUUAUGUAAUGUAUAUUGGAGUGUAAGUCAUCACGGUGCUAUUAUGUAGCUCCCUGCGGAGUACAUUUCUUUGUAAAAGGGAACUGGGGCAGUGCAUUUUUUUUAUAUUGUGGAGCCAUGUUUUAUAUUUUUUUAACAUAACAGAACCAAACUGUGGUAUAUGAUUGCCUCAAGGUCUUUCUAUGCAUAGUUGUGUGGGGAAGUGACUGAGUAACAUAUUUUAAUAAAAGUACAUAAUGUACAUUUAAGUUAAUAUGAUGAGAUUUAGUUUUAUUGAAUGCAUUUGUUGAGCAAAGCCAACAGAGGAAAGAUUAAAGAAGCAGACAAACUCA